GAGCGCAAACUCAAAUCACAUAUUUUGCGAGCACCGCAAACUCAAAUCACAUAUUUUGGGACCGUCAUGAAGUAUUUGUCUGAACGAUUUAAUAGAUCAAACAAUCCAAACGUACCUGUAGAUCACAGGUUUAGAAACGAAAGGCAGACGGCAGGAAUAUGGAAAACCUAUGGAGGCGAUUGCUCAGGAAAAAAAAUCCCUGUAAACGGGAUUGCCCGGCAAGACGAAGGAUCGGAGUGGGGGGAAGUCUGGUUCGAAUUUUAUAUUGAUUGAUCCUGUCUUAAAAUCUUUCUAUCUCUUCAGCUAGGGUUCUUUUUCCUUCCAUUUAUCUUUUCUAUUUCUAUAACCAGCAACUAACCCAAAGGUCAUACAAGCUUACCGAUCCAGGUAAGACUCAGAAAACAGAUAGAUCUCCAUAUUUAAAGAGAGAGGGAAGUCGUGCGCGAUCAAGUUGGACGGAACUGGUACUUGGACAUGGCUUGGGGUACAGCUUCCUUUACCAGAUCCACUGCUGGAUCUGUUGAUAGAUGGAAGUCAACACUGGUGUACAUCCCACCAUACCAAUGGUCCAACCAGUGGCUCUUCCUACUGUGCAGUGGAUCUAGAUGUCUUUCUUCACAUUCCUAGUCCAAUUGGGUUCUACCAAGCUCAGUAGCUGAGGUAUCUUUUUAUAUAUCUUCUUUCUUUACUCUAAAUACAUUAGGAGCAUCAUU